UCUCAUUAAGGGGCUAGUGUGUUUCUCUCUCCCUGUCAAUAAUCUAGGCUCCCAGACUUCUCCGUUUCUCCGGAUUUCGAUCCCCCUUUUUCUAUCUGUCAAUCAGCGCCGCCUUUGAACUGAAAAGCUCUCAGUCUAACUUCAACUCACUCAAAUCCGAGCGGCACGAGCUCCUUCUAUAUCUACGGCUCCCCCCCCCACCCCCUUUGCUCUUUAUAUCUGACUUCUUGUUGUUGUUGGUGUUUUUUUACCCCCUUUUUUAUUUAUUAUUUUUUUUUGCACAUUGAUCGGAUCCUUGGGAGAGAGAGAAAAAAGGAACCCAAACUCACGCGUGCAGAAGGAGAAGAGAUUUUCCCCCCUCCCCUCCCCUCCUCCCUCUUUUCCCCUCCCCAGGAGAAAAAGACCCCAAAUCAAAAACUUCACCUUGGACUCUUCUUUUUCUUGCAAAUUUUUUUGGCAAAACUUUUUUUGUGUGAUUUUCCCCCCCAUUUUUCCCCCCUUUAUUUUUCUUCCAAAAUUGCUGCUGGUGGGUGAAAAAAAUGCCGCAGCUGAACGGCGGUGGAGGAGAUGACCUAGGCGCCAACGAUGAGCUGAUCUCCUUCAAAGACGAAGGGGAGCAGGAGGAAAAAAUCUCGGAGAACUCCUCGGCCGAGAGGGAUUUAGCUGAUGUCAAAUCGUCCCUAGUCAAUGAAUCAGAAACGAAUCAAAACAGCUCCUCAGAUUCCGAGGCGGAAAGACGGCCCCCGCCUCGAUCCGAAAGUUUCAGAGAUAAAUCCAGAGAAAGUUUAGAAGAAGCCGCGAAGAGGCAAGAUGGAGGGUUGUUUAAGGGGCCACCGUACCCUGGUUAUCCCUUCAUUAUGAUACCCGACUUGACUAGCCCGUACCUCCCCAACGGAUCCCUCUCUCCGACGGCAAGAACACUCCAUAUUCAGUCGGGGAGCACACAUUACUCUGCGUACAAAACGAUUGAACACCAGAUUGCAAUUCAGUAUCUCCAGAUGAAAUGGCCACUGCUUGAUGUUCAAGCAGGGAGCUUACAGAGUAGACAAGCUCUCAAGGAUGCAAGGUCUCCGUCUCCAGCACACAUCGUUUCUAACAAAGUGCCCGUUGUGCAGCACCCUCACCAUGUACACCCUCUUACGCCGCUUAUCACAUACAGCAAUGAGCACUUCACCCCAGGAAACCCACCUCCACACUUACCAGCCGACGUAGAUCCCAAAACAGGAAUUCCACGACCUCCACAUCCUCCGGAUAUAUCUCCUUAUUACCCACUAUCGCCUGGCACCGUAGGACAAAUCCCCCAUCCGCUAGGAUGGUUAGUACCACAGCAAGGUCAACCAGUUUACCCAAUCACAACAGGAGGAUUCAGGCAUCCUUAUCCAACAGCUCUGACUGUCAAUGCUUCCAUGUCAAGCUUUUUGUCUUCUAGGUUUCCUCCUCAUAUGGUCCCACCACAUCAUACUUUACACACAACUGGAAUUCCUCAUCCAGCCAUAGUCACACCAACAGUCAAACAGGAAUCUUCCCAGAGUGAUGUUGCUUCACUCCAUAGCUCGAAACAUCAGGACUCCAAAAAAGAAGAAGAAAAGAAAAAACCCCACAUAAAGAAACCUCUUAAUGCGUUCAUGUUGUAUAUGAAGGAAAUGAGAGCAAAAGUUGUAGCAGAAUGUACGUUGAAAGAAAGCGCAGCCAUCAACCAGAUCCUUGGUCGAAGGUGGCACGCGUUAUCCAGAGAAGAGCAAGCCAAGUACUACGAGCUCGCCAGGAAGGAGCGACAGCUUCACAUGCAGCUUUAUCCAGGCUGGUCCGCUCGGGAUAACUAUGUAGGUGGCUAUGGGAAGAAGAAGAAGAGGAAAAGGGACAAGCAGCCAGGAGAGACUAAUGAACACAGCGAAUGUUUCCUAAAUCCUUGCCUUUCACUUCCUCCGAUUACAGACCUGAGCGCUCCUAAGAAAUGCCGAGCGCGCUUUGGCCUUGAUCAACAGAAUAACUGGUGCGGUCCCUGCAGGAGAAAAAAAAAGUGCGUUCGCUACAUACAAGGUGAAGGCAGCUGCCUCAGUCCACCCUCUUCAGAUGGAAGCUUAUUAGACUCCCCUCCUUCUUCUCCUAACAUGCUAGGCUCCCCUACCAGAGACUCCAAACCACAGACUGAACAAACCCAACCUCUCUCGCUUACAUUGAAACCCGACUCCCUGGCCCACCUGGCCAUGAUGCCGCCGCCGCCACCCUCUCUCCUCCUGGCCGAGAGUGCCCACAGCAAGCCCGGCGCCUUGGCUGUCACCGCUGCCCACUGUCCGAACGGGGCUCUGGACCUGCCACCUUCCGCUCUGCAGCCGCCGGCUGCCCCCUCAUCGUCUCUAGCACAGCCGUCGACAUCUUCUUUACAUUCCCACAAUUCUUUGGCUGGGACCCAGCCCCAGCCGCUCUCCCUUGUAACCAAGUCUUUAGAAUAGCUUUAGCUUUGCUAGCCCUGGUUUUUGUUUUCUUUUAUGUUUUUGUUUCUUCUUUCUUUCUUUCUUUCUUUUUUUUGAGGAUUUUUUUGUCUCUUUUUUUUUUUUUUUUUAAUCUUGUGCCACAUGGCUACAUUAGUUGAUGUUUAUCGAGUUCAUUGGUCAAUAUUUGACCCAUUCUUAUUUCAAUUUCUCCUUUUAAAUAUGUAGAUGAGAGAGAAACCUCAUGAUUCUACCAAAAUUUUUAUCAACAGCUGUUUAAAGUCUUUGUAGCGUUUAAAAAAUAUAUAUAUAUAUACAUAACUGUUAUGUAGUUCUGAUAGCUUAGUUUUAAAGACUGAUUUAAAAAGACAAAAAGAAGCAAUUUUGAAGCAGCCCUUUGCAGAAGGUGUUGGUUCUUUAUUAUUUGUAUUAAAUACGAGCUUGCGAACCAAUCAUUUUACAUCUCGUUUUUAAACCAUAAGGGCACAAUGAAUGCAGUGCCAUGACUUUUUUUUUUUUCUGUGUGAAACAACUUUUCUUGUGAUGUUGUUAUUGUUUAAAUGUACAGAAACAAAGGGUUAAAAUGUGUUAAUAUACCUUGUUCCAUGGUGUUGUUCUUUUGGGGGGAGGGACAGGGAGGGAGGGGACGUUACUCACCAAUUACCGGUAUCACAACGCUAUUGGACCAGUAGUAUUUAUUGCUUUAGAGACUGCUUGUUGUACCUGUAUGUUGUCCCUUUUAAAAUAUGUUUUCCUUUUUCUUGAACCAUUGUAUAAAGUUUUUUUCCCCCCUUAGUGUAAGCAUCUUAUAUAUAACAACUCAUUUGUACAAGGUUUUUAAGUUUAUAUAUAUAUAUAUAUAUAUAAAUGUGUAUAUAUAUAUUUUUUGGGUUUUGACUUUUGUUUUGUUUUCUCUUUGCUGUAUGAAACACAGUUGCCACCAAAUGGACAUUUAUAGAUGCAUUAAAGGAUCAAUAGUGUAAAGAAAUUGCUUUGAAAGCCAUUACAUUAAAUAAGACUUGAAAAUUAGCGAGGGAAUUUUAGCGGCGCUGUUUGAGAAACAGCGGGAGCAUUGGCGUCUCCCCUCUGGACCUACAGUUGAAUGGCCUGCAACAUUAGGACUGUGGACUGUGUACAAAUUUUUACGUGCCAAAAUUCUCAGUGACUUUUAACUUUCUCCCUGUUUUUAAUGCUGUAAUUUUUGUUCAUCAUGUUUUGCUGUGACGUUACAUAGGUAGGUAUGUGUGUAGUUUAAAUGUCACCUAUAACAAGACGUGUUUGGUAGCAGAUUGUCCAGAAAGCAUUUAAAAUGAAGAGGUAUAAACCCUUAAGGGCCAAAAUUCUGUAUAUUAGAUUACACAUAAAGGAAAAAAAAAAAAACAGGCUGCCACUUCUAUGUAAAAUGACUACAUAAAGGUAGGUAGCAAACUUAAAAAAAAAAAAAAACCCCAAAAAAAACCAAAAAAAAAAAAAAAAAAAAAACCUAGGCAUGUUGAUGUUGCAAAAUGCUGUAUAAAGCUGAGAACUGUUCAUUCAGUGCCAUUGUAGUUGACAUGAAGCGAUUGUAAAACUGUCUCCAAUUUUUCUCUGGUUUAUUAAGAUGCUAACUAUAACAUUUUUUUGUGAAUACUUUGAAUGUUUCCUAACAGUUGUGAUGUUACUGUUCCGUUUUAUGCUCUUAUUCUGAUUUCAUUUUUAAUGGUUUUGAUGCCAUUUUUGUAAUGAAUACAUGUUCAUGCUGUACAGUAUCUGUAGCAUGCAGUUCUGGAUUAAUAAAAGCAACUUAGUAUGUGCAGAUAA